AUGGUCGCCGCAACAGCAGUCAUGGCGGGCGCGAAGCGCAGGUCGCGUUCCGAAGGUGAAAGUGACAGGACGGCCCCAGAACACUCCGCCAGCCCGGCGCCAUCAACACGAUCCAACGGCAAGCAACAAGUACGGCACCGUGCCUCUAUUGCCUGCGCGUCGUGCCGCGAGAGGAGGAUACGCUGUGUGGUGCCCGAGGGAGAGACCGAGUGCUCGCAGUGUAAAAGGACAGGGUCGGUGUGCAUCAUCAAGGAUGAUGAUGAGCGCAGGCGGAUAGCUCUGCUUGAGGAGAUGCUCAGAGAGCGUGGUGUCGUUCCCCCUCCGGCUGUUCAUCCCCCUAAAACAAGGCAAGAGGCCCAGCAAAGGUUAUUAGAGCAACAAAGAAAGCAACAACAACAACAACAACAACAACAGCAGCAGCAGCAGCAGCAGCAACAACAACAACAACAACAACAACAAAAACAACAACAGGGAACAGCAAACACUGCUUCCACGACUCUACCAUUAGCCUUUUCCAACCGCCCUCCAACACCCCCCACAUCAGGGGACGAAGACAUCCUCCGCGCAACAGCCCCCAAGGUCCUCGUUCAAAACGGCCACAACUCCAUCAACCACCUCAUCGACCCCCUACUCCUCCAAGACAUGGAGCCCAAGAAAGACCCUAGCACCCGCCACCUUCUCGCUGCCAAAGGCAAUCACACCUUCGACCAGUCCGUCGGCCGCGCGCGCUUCUUCGGGCCGACCGCCAACAGCCACGUCUAUGCCAAGGUCGCAACCGUCCUCGAGCCCCAAGACCGCGUCGAGAAGCUGCGCCGGGCAGAGGGCGUGAUCCGCGCCUUGCGCCCGCCGACCUAUGACCACCUCAUGCGCUGCUUCUGGGACUUUUAUAACCCCUGGUUGCAAGUUGUAGAUGAGAGCGGGUUUGAGGCGGGAAGGAGUACGCAGGACUCGAGGUUUUAUUCGACGUUUUUGCAUUUGGCGAUGUUGGCGAUUGGGUUUCGGUUUGCGGAUCGUGAGAGGGAUGAUAUGCAGCGGUUGAUGGCGGGGGCGAGGGAGAGUACCUUCCAUCGGGAGACGAAGGCUCUCGCGCAGAUGGAGUUGGAACGGCCGGGGGGCAUUCCGAGCGUGCAGGCGCUGUUGUUGUUGGCCGAUUUGGAAUGCGGGGUGGGGAGGGAUGCGACGGGAUGGAUGUAUGCUGGUAUGGCGUUCCGUCUGGCCUUCGACAUCGGCCUACAUGUAAACCCUGGCGGGCUGGAGGUCUCGGACCUUGAGCGGCAGACGCGGCGCAAGGCUAUGACUGCCUGCAUAAUGUUCGACCGAAAGUGGGCUUUACUGCUGGGACGGCCGACGACCAUCAAGCUACAGGAUGUCUCGCCUGAUAUGCUGCCCUCUGCGGCUGGACGCCCUCCGCCGUCGGGUCCUCACUACGUGACUGCCGGCUACAACGCCAUCCAUCGCCAGAUGUUCGAGCUCCUGGAGCUGGCCGGCAAGGUCGCCGACUUCCAGAACUCGACCUUCGGCUCUCCCAACACCUUCUCCGUCAAAGGCAUGGAGGACCGGGCGUACGUGCACUUCCUCGGCCUAGAGCGCCUCUUCCACAACUGGUACCGCCGCCUACCAGAACACCUCACUUGGAAGCCGAACAACAUCAAAGCGGCCCCGAUCGGCUUUUUCGUCCUCCACCAGCAAUUCCACGUCUGCAUGAUCCUCCUUCACCGGCCUUGGGCCAAGUAUGGCCCCAUGUCCCUCGACGGCAUAACCGCCACGCGGUACCCGAGCCCCGAAUCACCCGGUCACGACACGGAUGGGGCAAGCUUCAGCUCCUGGAUGAGUUCGCUGCCGCACCAGGAUAACCGUGCUGCGCUCUCCCGCAGCAUGUGCACACAGCAUGCUAUCAGGGUUGCACGCAUCUUCUGGCACCAUCGCCAGCGGUUCGAUGGGAAGAAGACGACUUUGGCGGGCGUCCAGCACGCUGGUACGGCCGCGUUGGCGUUGAUGGCUGCGCUGGCGCAUAAGAGCGCUGAGCUGGAUCACCACACCAACCUGCGGUAUCUGCAGGUGCUGUCUGCUGCCAUCUACGACAUGAGCCAUUUGUACCAGCCCGCCGCGCGCAUGUACCAUCUCCUCAAGAGCAUGCUGGUCGAGAUCCGCACCGAGAUGGUCAAGUCAGGUGGGUUUGAUGUCAGCACUGUCGCUAAUCGGUAUCCUACUACCACCACACCGAGCACUGCUGGAAACAAUAUGGUUUUUGGCAGCAACACCUGGUUCCCGGUCGCCGACCCGAACUGCCUGCCGCCAGAGUUCCAGCUUUCGGAGGAGGACCGCGCGGCGAAGAGAAGACGGCUGUCAAGCCAUUCUAGUGUCGACUUUGCCUGUGUGCAUCCAUCCUUCCUGACGGGUGGGCCGCACCAGGUUUGUCCCACGCCGCCUGGGUCUGCGCAAGGGUUUGGUGUGGAAGCAACGACAGCGACGACCUUCGGGAUGGAGCCGUUGUCGAAUGAGCCGCCACCGCAGCGGAAUUUUGAUCUGGACUUUUUCCAUGCUUCGUUUGUGGAUUUCAUUAACAGCGGGGGGAGUGGAGGUGAGGCCGGGGCGGGACAGCAGGAGUGGACAGCGACGACGGGUGCGUCGGAGAGCGUCACGGCUCCGCUGCCAACAGCCUCUGCUACCGACCCGAUGUGUGUGGAUAUGCUCCCGGCGGCGGAUAACACCGCUGCCACCAAGCCGGAGUCCCCUCAAACAACCAGCACCUCCGCCCCUCCCCCUCUCGACGACGACGACACAGCUGUGGAAAAGACCAUCGAAGAGUGGCUUGCCGAGCCAGCCGCUCCAGCCCUUAUUUCUCAACAAAACAACGCCUUCUCCCUCCUGACAACAACUCCUCCGACGUCCUCAUCGACGUUGGUCUCCGAUUUGCCCAUGCUAGACAACCCCACGGCCAUCGUCGUCUCGUCCACCACCCCGGCUGGUCUAACCCCCAUGCUAAACACUACGCAUGCCAAUGUGGAUGGCACACCCAACUACAAGGAUCCAUACGUAGGAUGUUUGGAGUCUGAGCUGGGGAUUGCCUUCCCUAUUGGGUCCCCCUCCAACUCUUCCACCACAACUGAUCUUGGGUCGGGGGGGAUGGACUGGAUGGAUGUCAAAUCUGAAGCUCAGCAGCAGCAACAAAAGGGGAUGGGAGAGGAAAAGCCGGUAAGACCUCCUCCAAUGACUCCUGUGACGUUGGACGAGCUGGUGCAGAGUGUCGAGGAAGCCGUGGGGAGUGCGAGGGCUAGGGCUAGGGCUAGGGCGGCUGCUGCUGCUGCGGGGGGUAAUAAUGUAAAUGUUAACAAUGGGGUAAAUAGUGGGAACGGGGGUGAAAGUCCGGCGGCGGCAGGAGGGAACGGUACUGGUACUGGUAACGGCAGCGGGGUUGAGAGUCCAAGUGGGAGCGCUGGGGGUGAUGGGAAGCAGAGUCAGAGUGGUGGUGAGGGGCAGGGACAGCAGCAGGGGCAGGUUCAGGAUCAGGAGGAGUUGGAGGUGAUGGGGAUUUGA